AACGACAACGACGACGACGACGACGACAAUAAUACUAACAAUAGAAACAAGUGCGCAACAAAUUAGAACAAGCCCAGCUUAUAGCUCGGGCACAAGACCAGCCCCAAAAUUAACAAAUAUAAUAGCUGGUCGGGCGUGGUUAGUGAGUGUGGAGGGGGGCUACCACUUUGACCUUUACCCUUAAUUGCUAUUUAGGAAUACAUUUUCUUGACUAUGAUUUGGCGCCAAAAUGGAGCAGAGCAAAGAGAUGAACAGCAACAACAGAAGCUCAAGCCACAGCAGCAACAACUUCAGCAACAAGAGCACCCGAAACGCAUGAACUUCAGUUUCAAUGUCAAAAUCGCCGUCAAUGUGCACACAAAAAUGUCUACAACGCAUAUAAAUAGUAAUCAGCAACAGCAACAGCAACAACAACAACGAUCGAAGAGUACCGUAAAGCGGCAUACGAUCGAUGUGGGCGCCAGCGUCUUGGCUGCAAUCCGCAAACACUUCACCGAACUGGGGCGCCAGCUGCGCAGCUUUAAUAUCGUUAAUGGUAAUGGCGGCAUCUCAACGAUUGUUAUUGUUAAUCUAUUGAUGUUGUUGCUGCUGUCGCUCUGCUGCGACGUCUGUCGUUCCCACGACGGGCAGGCCCAGCUCCAGCCCCAGCUCCAGCCUCAGGCCCAGCACCAGCACCAACACCAGCCACUCAACUACUCCAUCCAACCAAGGGUUGCCAUGUUGCCGAAACUGGACAGCGAUGUGGUGGAGAAGGUGGCCGUUUGGCAUAAGCACGCAGCAGCAGCGCCUCCUAGCGUCGCGGAAGGCAUCGCCAUUAGCAGUGGCGUGACGUAUGAGAAGCCAGCAGACUCUUUCGAGACAACACAGACCACUGAUCCUCAUCCCGGCCAGCCAACAACUGGUCUUGAUGAACGCAUCGCCUUGGAAAGCGUCACACGCGACUGUGUACAACGUUGCAUUGUUGAGGAGGAUCUGUUUCUGGACGAGUUUGGCAUCAAAUGUGAAAAGGCCGACAGCAGCGAGAAGUGUUACAAAACGCGCUGCACCAAAGGAUGCGCGCAAUGGUAUCGCGCACUGAAGGAAUUUGAGCCGUGCCAGGAGGCUUGUUCCUCGGCACAGUUCUUUGGUUAUGAUAUGCCUUGUAUUGGAGCCUGCGAAAUGGCUCAGCGCAAUUAUUGGCACCUUCAACGUCUGGCCAUGGGUGAGCUGGUUCAGAGCACACAACCUCAGCUCUUAGAACUGCCGGAUGAUCAGAAGACAGGUCAAGCGACGCCGUUGACCAUUCAAUGGGGUAUACAAUUUCCAGAAAACUAUUUUGCCAGUCGCCCAUUUAAUAUACAAUACCAGUAUGUGAAGCAGGAGAAGCACGACGGACAGGAUCAUCAUAAUACUAGUCGUCCUGAUGCUUGGUUUAAUCUCGCCGACUACGAUUGUGAUGAAUACUUUGCGUGUCAAAUUUUGGAGGCUCUAAUGCCAUAUACCCAAUAUAGGUUUCGCUUUGAGAUACCUUUUGGCGAAAGUAGCGACGAAGUGCUUUACUCCCCGGCCACUUCAAACUAUCAGACACCCGCUGAGGGCGCACCGAUCUCGGCACCAAUCAUCAAAGACUUCAUUGCAUUGGAUGAUAGUCAUGUCGUCGUGCACUGGCAGGCGGGCCGCUUUAGUUGUGGACCUAUUGUGAGCUAUCGCGUAAAGCUGGAGCCCGUGCAGCAGCCGCAAAGGGAGAAUAGCAGUCGCGAGCAGGUGCUGCCUGCGAACAGGCAAAGCUUCAUCUUUACAGGCUUGCAACAGCUGACCAACUAUAGCGUGCAGGUGAUCAUGGUCAAUGAGCAAGGCGAGGGUCCCCCGACUACCGCCACCACAGUCACUCUAGCCCGACAGGCUAGCAAGGCGAAGGAGCAAAUCAAUAGUGUGCUCUUGCGCGGGGAAUAUAGUAUUGUGUGGAAGUCACUGGAGCCGUCGGGCGAGACGCGUAUCAUCUACCACAGCGAGCAGUUGCUCAGCGAUUUCGCUUUAGAGCAGACCGAGCAACGACUAUGGGUGCUCGAUGUACAGGGACAGUUGAAAAGUUUUUUAUUGGAUCAUGCGGCGAGCUUGAAGUCCUUUCAACUGGCACGAAAUGGUUCCCAGCUAAGAGCUACAAAAAUCACUCUAGAUUGGCUGCAUAGGCGUUUUUAUAUGGCUGUGGAGCACAAUCCGCAGAGCUAUAGUCUGCUGAGCUGCGAUCUCUAUGGAAAUAACAUAGAAGAUUUUAAUCAGCUGCAACGUCUGCCCGUCGAACAGUUGGAGCUAGAUCCACUCAAUGGCUGGCUUUUCUGGAGUGAUGUGGAAAAUCUCUGGCGCUUGGACUUGGCGACUAAGAAAAUCAGAGCACUUUCGCAAUCAUUCUACCCUGCUCGUUUUGCGUAUAAUCCACAGCACUGGCUGCUCUACCUGUUCGAUCGAGGCGUUGGACAGAUGGAGGAGCUGAGCUAUGAUGGCGAACAUAGAGCACUGACAAAUUUAUUGCCAGUAGCCCUCGCAACCGGCGACUGGCAGAGCUUCAGCCACGAUGUGGCGAGCUCAACGUUGUUACUGGCCAAUGGGUCACAGCUUGUGCGGCACAAUUAUCGUACCAAUGUCACAGAUGCGUGGCCAAUGCGUGACCUGGAAUGGGUCUCGGCGCUAUUACCAAUUGGGCGUAGUCGCCAGCCCUCAGCACUGCGGCCAGGACAGCCACAAAUGUUGCGAGCGCUACUGGGUGCACAAACGGCUCAAAUCUCUUGGCAGGUGCCUGCCUUGAGUCCCUACCAGUCCGCAGCGUCUGGCGCACGAAAUUGGAGCUACGAAUUGGAGGUACUUGACGUCGCCAGUCAGAGUGUCUAUGACAUACGCAACAUACGAACGCAGCACUAUGGAGUGGAAAAACUGCAGGCAGAUAACCGCUACCAGCUGAGGGUGCGUGCCAUAAGUGCGGCGGGUGUGGCGGGUGAAUGGACAGUGCCGUACGACACACGAACCUGGCCGUUGGGUGAGCAUCGUUUGCGCUGGGCAACAGCAGCGGGUGCAUUGUACGAGACUGAUGAAUUGGGCGCUCAUAAAAAGACGCUCACUACUCUGCAAUUGGGACCAGAGCCGGGUGUCCUAACCACUAUUAAUGGCAGUGAGGCGUACUAUGUGAAUGCAACAGGAGCACUGCAUUGCAUUAAUCUGCUGCACGUGGAGCUUAACUGCAGUGCUGAUGUCGGGGAUGUUGUGCAGCCAGUUGGCAGUGUGGCUUACGAUUGGCGCGGCGGGCGUCUCUACUGGUCUGAUCUGGCACGCGACUGUGUGGUGCGAAUGGAUCCAGUGAAUGGUGAACGCGAGCUGUUGCCUAUUUUCGGAGCUCGCCAGCUGGCCCUGGACUCCGCUCAGGGACACAUCUACUAUACAACAGUAGGCCGCUUAGCGCGACGGACGCUCAACGGUCAGCUAGCUCGGGACGAGCUGGAAUACUAUCAUGUGAAUGGCCUGGCCGGACGUAUUGCAGCCUUCACACUAGACCUGGUGCAGCGUCAUAUCUACUGGCUUGUGGAUGUGCGCCAGCCUACAGGCCAGGCUGUGCGUCUCUAUCGCGCCCCAUUGGCUGUGGGUGCGCAGCAGGCGUUGCUAUUGCACAGCACUUUGGCGAAUGUGGACGCAUACCCGCAUACUCUACAGCAUGUACGUCCCUUGGAGGCACUUCUCUGGCUAGCGGCGGACGGCACAAAUGCUUGGUUGGCACGCACAGCUACACCGGAGCAGGCUAUGAAGAUUGUGCCGACCGCUGUACCAACACCCUUUACCGCAGUACAACUGUGGGAUGAGUUCCCGCCACCUACUCCAGAUCCGAGUGUUGUACCCCAGGCGGUGGCACCGGAGAGUGUGCGCAUCGAUGAUGGCUACUGGGAUGAUUUUCAUGUGCGCUGGCAACCGGUCCGUACGGCAGAGAACCACAGCAUGCAUUAUAAGGUGCUGCUGGAGCACACAGGGAUUGGCGGUGGCUCCGGACGGUUGCAGACCUUUGAGCUAAGCACACCUUUUGUGCGAAUUACUGACAUGCAGCAGGCACAGCUCAGCCUGCGCAUUGCAAUUACACCCCACACUGCAUGGCGAGCGGGACCGACGACACAAGUGACUCUGGCGACGCCCGCGGCAGCUCCGACGCAACCCAAGCGACUGCGUGUGUUCGUGGAACGGCGUGCGGCGCCAUUGCAGGCGGCAAACAUCAGUGCGCUCAUUCGCUGGGACAUGCCGGAGCAUGCGCAUGCAUUGGCUGAUGGUGGAGCAGUUACAAGCCAUCAGUUGGCAUAUCGUGUCUACUGCUGGCGCGGCGAAGAGCUGCAUGCAGAGCUUCUGCACAACCAGAGCACCACCGAGCACCCGCUGGAGCUGCGUGUGGAUGACCUACAGCCAGAUGAGACUUAUACAUUCCAAGUGCAGGCCUUUAUAGCAAGCACAGGUGCCAGUACGGGCGCUGCUACGGCUACCCAUGCUGUGCAUAUAGCGCCCGAAGUACAAUCAGUUCCGCGUGUGCUUUACGCCACCGCAGAAUAUAUUGGGGAGCUGGAUCUGGAUACACGCACGAGAAAGCGCCUUGUUCACACAGCCAGCGUAGUGGAGCAUCUAGCACUGGUCCAGGGAGAACAGCGCUUGCUGUGGGUCAAUGAGAAUGUGGAGCUGAUGACGCAUGUGCCAGGAACAGCGCCAGCUAAGCUAGCGCGCAUGCGUGCCGAGGUUCUGGCACUCACUGUUGAUUGGGUUUCACGUAUCGUUUACUGGGCUGAAUUGAAUGCAGACGAGCCCCAGUCUGCAGUCAUUUAUCGUCUGGAGCUUUGCCAGUUCGAGGGUCGCAUCCUGCAUGGCGAGCGUUUAUGGCACACACCUCGUGGUCGGCUAUUGCGCGAUCUCAUUGCAUUGCCACAUGCUCAGGCAUUGCUAUGGCUAGAGUACGACUUGGGCGCACGCAACGCCACACUCGUGGGUCGAAACUUAAGCGAUGGUGGCGCUCUCAACUUUCGCGUACAGACACCACUAUGGCGGAUGUUCGAAGGCAAUUUAGAAGCGGAGGCAGAAACCCUGAAUCUGGUGGAUCAUGCGGGACGUCUGUGCGCCUAUGAUGUCGCACGUCAGCUCUGCACUGCUCUGCGAGCCCACUUCAAUGUGCUCAGCGAUGACAUUGCUGAGGUGGCCCGGGAUGCUGGCUACCUUUAUGCCUUGCGCAACAAUAGCGUGCGCGCCUAUAGUAGACGCAAGCAGCAGCUCGAAUAUCUGGUGGAUGUGGCUGAGGUGCGUCUUCUGCGAGCCUAUAACUACCAAGCCUAUCCACCACGACGUUGUUUGCUAUUACCAUCGGUACCAGCGCUGGAGCCGCUGCUGCCAACUGCGCCCAUGUUUAGCUGUGAAGAGAUGCAGUGCACCGUGAAUCUUCCGACGCUGCAUGCAGCAGAUGAUUGUUACUUGCCCGUGCCAGGCUUGCGAUAUGCUCUCAACUUGACAGAAAUGGAAGAUCGGGAGGAGGAUCAGCUGCAGCAACUUGUUGAUCCUGCGGCCGCGGGAACCUCGCUUAACAUGACUGGACUGCAGCCCUAUACCACCUAUGAACUACAGUUGCGGGUCAGCUGUUACUACCAGCAGCGUCUUGGCCUUAUGCCAAUCCACCUACCGUCUUUGGAGUUGCAAACGGCACCAGCUACGCCUUCGGCGCCCCGCAAUUUCAGCGUCCGUGUGCUUAGUCCCAGUUCUAUCGAAGUCUCAUGGCUGCCACCCUUGCGUGUGCUGAGUGAGCGCGUGUGGUAUACACUUCAUUGGCAGCAGGAGCAAUUAAGCAGCGGCGCAGAGCUGCGUCUAGAGGAGCCCCCCAAUCAUAAGCACAUUUUGACAGGUUUGCAGCCGGACAGCGGCUAUGACUUGUGGCUGCAUGUCCAUGCCACGCCCACAAAAUUCAAUCAGAGCGUUACAAUUAGUGUGCGAACCUAUUCUGAGGUGCCUCCGCUGCAGGUGCUUGAAACAGCCGCCUACAACCUGACGCUUAGCUGGGCAGGCACGCCAGAUAAUUUAUCAGCAUUAGCUUUGGAGUGCGUGGCGCCGAUGACACAGCCACCGGAGCAAUUUAGUUUGGAUGUAGCUUCCAAUUACACGCACAUUCUUCUCCAGUCGUUGCAGCCAAAAACGCGCUACGAAUGCCAGUUGGCACUAAGCUAUGCCAAUACUCCGAAUGCGUCUAUGUAUAGGGGCGAGCGAUUGGUGUGCGACACUCUAGGUGACAGCCCCAGUGCGCCGGGGCGUCCACAGAUCGAGCACAUUGCCGGAGAGAUCUUCAAGGUGAGCUGGACUGCGGCACGGGAUAAUGGCGCAGCUAUUGUGAGCUAUAAUCUGGAGGCUCUGCAGGCACGUCGUGCCCGGCGAAGACGUCGACGUGAGGCGCAUAUGGCAAUGCUGCCAUGGGCGGAGGAGCCCACAGCAAUUGAGGAUCAGUGGUUGGACUUCUGCAAUACCACAGAACUGAGUUGCAUUGUGCGUGAGCUGCACUCGCGUCGCCUCCUGCUAUUUAGAGUGAGGGCGCGCAAUGAACCCUACGGCUGGGGUCCCUAUAGUGAAGAUAGCGAACGUGUGGCGGAACCAUUGGUGUCGCCAGAGAAGCGUGGCUCCCUAGUUUUAGCCAUUAUUGCGCCCGCGGCCAUAGUGUCGAGCUGUGUGCUAGCUCUAGUACUGGUUCGCAAGGUGCAAAAACGGCGGGUCCGCGCCAAGAAGCUGCUGGAAAAGGGACGUCCCAGCAUUUGGAGCAAUAUGUCCACGUUGCAGACACAACAACAGUUUCUCGAAGCUCGCAACCGUGCCUUCUCGAUGACUAGUCAUAGCACAUUAUAUACGGGCGGACCCUUGAGUGAUGCGGAUAUUGCACUACUUCCGCAGAUCAGUUGGAAUCAGCUGACAUUGCUGCGCUUUUUGGGAAGCGGCGCUUUUGGCGAGGUCUACGAGGGUCAGCUUCAAUACGAGGACGAGCCAGAGCCACAGCGUGUAGCCAUUAAGAGCUUGCGUAAGGGGGCGAACGAAUUUGCCGAACUGCUUCAGGAAGCGCAACUGAUGAGCAAUUUUAAGCAUGAGAACAUUGUGCGCCUCAUAGGAGUCUGUUUUGAUAGCGAGUCCAUUUCACUAAUUAUGGAACACAUGGAGGCCGGUGAUUUAUUAAGCUACCUGCGAGCAGCGCGUCCCAAUUCCGAGCAAUCACAGCCCACACUGCAGCUUGGCGAAUUACUGGCCAUGUGCAUUGACGUGGCCACUGGCUGCAGUUAUUUGGAGGACAUGCACUUCGUGCAUCGCGAUCUCGCCUGCCGGAACUGUCUCGUAUCCUCCGCGGACGCAAGACGUCGUGUGGUCAAGAUUGGGGACUUUGGCCUCGCGCGUGACAUUUAUAAGAGUGAUUAUUAUCGUAAGGAGGGUGAGGGCUUGCUGCCCGUGCGUUGGAUGUCACCUGAGAGCUUGGUAGAUGGUGUUUUUACCACACAGUCCGACGUUUGGGCCUUUGGUGUGCUCUGCUGGGAGAUUCUUACGCUCGGCCAGCAACCCUAUGCGGCUCGCAAUAAUUUUGAGGUGCUGGCCCAUGUCAAAGACGGUGGUCGGCUGCAGCAGCCCGAGCAGUGCCCCGACAAGCUCUAUGCACUGCUUUUGAAAUGCUGGCAAACCGAACCGGAGGAGAGGCCCAGCUUUAGGCGCUGCGUCAAUACUCUACACACCAUUGCCACGGACUUGCGACGCACUCAAAUGCCCGGGUGCAGUGGAGGCGCGGAUGGAGUUACUAUUAGUGAUGCCACGCCCAGCAUCAGAACGGAACUGAAGGUGCGCUUCGAUGAGGCGAAGGAUGAGCAACAACAGCAGUUGCCUCUGCACAAUGUUCAGGCACCACCUCCUGAUGACGAGCCCGAUUUUAAGCUGUACGCAAAUGAAGGGAUCUCACGAUUAUGAAUGUGGGCAGCCUCGUUUCUCACUUCGAAAUAACGAGUGAUUCUCUGUACAGGCAUAAUUUCAAACUACAUACCUACAUACAUACAUAUCUUAAUAUUCAUGAUUAACGGGAGUGACGGGCAUGCAAUGUGCUUGCAGGAGGCAGGCAUGUCACAAACCUAUGUAUGAAUCAAGUAACCAGAUCUUAAGCUCAUUUGUCACAAGCCAAAUAUCGUACGUGUAGGUCUGCAUAUUAUGUGAAAACUUUUAAUUAAGUUUAGUUUACUAUAUACAUACAUACAUACACACAUAGGGUAUUUUUGUGGUACAUAUUUAUUUAGACUUAGUAUUUUUUUGUUGUUUUUUUUUUCCCAUUUAAAAAGGUACUGAAAACUCAAUAAAGACAGGCACAAACGUUUAUAUAGUAUACUCGUAUGUAUAAUUGACAAUUGAUAA